UAUUCUGAACGAAAGGACACAGCUUUAGUAUUUCGCACACCAGGUGUAAAUAUCGAGUAAGUGUCGUAAGUUCGUUAUUUUAAUCGGUUUUCGCGCCGCUGUCAAAAAUUCGUAAUAGAUAAUGAAAAUUAAUGGUAUUUCACUUAUUUAAAUAAAAUGUGCUUGAGGAAAGUGCGAGAGUGGUUGGUUUUACUCACGAUGGAGAAUUAUUUGGAUAUUUUUAAAGAACGUGGAUACAUGACCAUAGAACAUUGCAAACAAAUAAUAACCAGCGAUUUGAUUAUGUUGGGCAUUGAAGAUCCUGCACACCGAAAGCUCCUUUUAGAUGGUGUACAGCUGCUCCAUAAUUCUCCCGAUCUCUUAAUCUGCAAAGAGCCUUGUGAUCGGCAUGUCACGAAGCCAGAUCAAGAGAAUAUAGCUUCUAACUUCCAAGAGAGUUGGAAAUCGCCUCCUGCGUUUGUCAAGGCGGAGAAACCCAUGACGCUGCCCCCAGCAGGAAAUAAGGACAAGAUCGUAAAAACGCUAAAAACAUUUCUUAGCUGUGUCGCCUGUCCCCACUUGAAGUUUGCCAAUCUAAAUGAGUUAGAUGAGCAUAUAGCCUUUUUUCAAAAGAAGCGCAAGGAUCUUUCAGCCGUCAAGCAUAAACCCGGCGAGCCCAUCUGCGACAUCAGGGUGUAAACGGAUAACGGAUAGUUCUAGGAUAUUAUUAAAGCAAAGAAACUUACAAUUUAACAAUAAACAUUAUUUGUAUUCAUCAAUCUCAAUAACUAAUUCUAAUGUCA